UAACUAAUCCUCGCGCUCUGGGACGGAUUGAUUGAUUGAUUGAUUGGUUCCCUUGUCCCACGAGUCGGUCUUGGUCUUCGUCUCAAUUAGUUCCGAAUCUUUCUUCGUCUGCGUUCGGUUAGUCGUGGAUUCUUCCUCUGCGUUCUGUUAGUUAUGGAUUCGUUCGCUGCGUGGUGGUUCCCUGCUAAGCCAAUCCAUCUAUUCAUCCGUGGUUCGAGUAGAUUAGGUUCCUCUUCUUCUUCUUCACCGCGCGAGAUCGACACUAGUUGACACCGUAGAAUUCGGUGGUGCAUAGUACAGGGAGGGGGCGCAGUUUGUAUUCUCUCCGAAGAUUUUGGUUUGGUGCCCCCACGUAUUAUGGCAAUUCGCGCCCUUAUGUACUAUGCACCACAGAACUCUUGUGCUGCGUGUUCAGGUCUCCUCCUGAAUCACGCCGGAAUUGGUAGCCUGACCGGCCUCUGCAUGCGUUCGUCAAGAUUCGUUCGCCUCCUGUUCAAAUCAGUCCCUUUGUGCUAGCUGCGAAGUGCUUUGAUUGACCUAUGCGUAUGCUGUGGUGCAUUCUGGUGAUUUGUGUGACAUCAUGGACUGAAUAUUUGUCGGUCACGAGUCAUUGUCGAACCUAGUCCUUCCACAUAUUUCACGUGUUUCUUUUCCCUACAUUGGAUUCUGGAUCUUUGAUCACUGAAUCUAGUUCCUUUGUCACGUUUUACCUCUAAAUUUAGUUCGUUGUCUUGUUUCGCCUUGUCGGUUUGGUCACAUUAAUUACUAAGUCUACUGGUUUUGGGGCUCCGCUGACAAUUGUCGCAUCCCUUGUGGUUGCAUGUUUUGCGCUGACUGCUGAGUCACGUGUAUGUGUAAUUCUGUGUUGUUUAAUUCAUGUUCGUGGUGCAUUACUAGAAGAUAUUUUUCAUGCAUUCAUAACUGUUGAGUCCUAUGCUUUCAUUUCGAUAUGUUCAACUGAUUGCUGGAGCUGUUGUAAUUAGAUAGUUCUAUUUUUUGGGUGAUAUCUCUCUGACUUUCUUGAGCUACGAUUACCCGAUGGUUGUGUUGUUUUGUUGUGUACAACCAUACCGGAUUUCCUUUUUCAGAAAGUAUGUUAUUGUUAGAAGUUUCCCCUUCAUCCGUAUAAAUCUUUUCAUGAAUCUUAUGAUUUGUUUCCUUGUGCAGUUAGCUAAAUCAUGAGGCAGCAGACUGGUAAACGUACCCGGCAACACAGGGACUAUGACAGAGAAGAAAGGAACGACCAAAAGAAGAGGCCAUUUCCCCAUGCCCAGGAAAGCUUUAAUAACGAUGAAUUGGUUGUUUACCGUAUACUCUGUCCAGACAGUGUGAUUGGUAGUGUAAUAGGAAAGAAUGGCAAUGUGAUAAAUGCUAUCAGGCAACAGACAAAUGCCAAAGUCAAGGUUGUUGACCCUUACCCUGGUUCAGACAAAAGGGUUAUCUUGGUUUAUUGCUACAUCAAGCAUAGAGACUUGGAUGUUGAUGAGGGUGAUAACGGUGAGCCUGUUUGUGCAGCUCAAGAUGCAUUAUUUAGAGUGCAGAAUGCAAUUGCUGAUGCUCUAGAUACGUUAAAUAAGACUCGUAGAGACUCUGAUAAGAAGAAUACAGAAGAAGCAAACAUCCUUGUACCAGCUAGUCAGGCUGCAAGUAUUAUAGGAAAAUCCGGUGCUGUCAUCAAAUAUCUUCGGUCAACAUCGAGAGCAUUCAUUAAAGUGAGCCCAAAAGAUCCAAGCGACACUACACACUCAUGUGCUAUGAGUUUUGAUAAUUUUGUUCAGAUAACUGGUGGUGCUGAAGCUGUUAGAAAGGCACUGUUUGGAAUAUCAACCAUUAUUUACAAGUACCCAUCGAAAGAGAACAUUCCUCUUGAAACUUCUGUUCCUGAACUUACUUCAAGCAUUAUAGUUCCUUCAGAACUUCCUGUAUAUCCUGCUAGUAACUUCUACUCAGCCCCAGAUGCUGCUAUACCUUCUGGACAUCCAAGUCUAUCUAUCUUAGGGUCAUCACCUCAUGUUCCUGAACUUACUCUGCCUGCUGAUGCUCAUGGCCGAUUGCCUAUUUAUCAAUCUGUUCUUCCAAGUAUUCCUACUUAUAGUACCCCAAGGUGUUCAGGAGAUCUAGUAUUCCGUGUUUUAUGCCCUGGUGACAAGAUUGGGUUGGUUAUUGGUAGGGGUGGGGGGACCAUAAAGAGUAUAAGGCAAGAGAGUGGUGCAAGGAUAGAUGUUGAUGAUGCAAAGAAUGACAGGGAGGAAAGUAUAAUCACCAUUACAUCCACUGAGUCCACAGAUGAUGUUAAAUCUGCAGCUGUGGAAGCUGUUUUGCUGCUUCAAGCAAAGAUCAACGAUUACGAUGAAGAUAGAAUGAAUCUUCGCCUUCUUGUCCCAACUAAGGUUAUAGGCUGUCUUAUUGGCAAGGGUGGUUCCAUAGUCAAUGACAUGCGGAAGAAGACUAAGGCAGGCAUCCGCAUAUCGAAGGGUGAUAAGCCCCGGAGGGCAUCUUCCAGUGAUGAGCUUGUUGAGGUAUUUGGAGAAGCGGACAAGCUGCGCGAUGCUCUCGUACAUAUAGUUUUAAGACUCAGGGAAGAUGUUCUGAAAGACAGGAUGGACAGCCAAAAUUCUGACAGGGAUGGCAAGCUAAAUGUUGCCACCACUGAUUCCUUCUAUGGAAGUCUUUCUUUGCCUGCAUUAUUACCUUGCAGCCAACAAGUCACUCCGUUGGGCUAUGAUCGAAGGGAUGAAACUGAGCGAGGUCUGGAAGUAUUCCCUCGUAGCAGUUCGUAUGGGUAUAGCUCCUUGCAGGUUGCAGAUGAUGGCUAUGGAGGACUUUCGUCAUAUACAUCAAAGGCAUAUGAAGGACGUCUUCCACGUGUGGAAAUGACUAUUCCUGCUAGUGGCCUGUCCAAAGUAAUGGGAAAACGUGGCACAAACUUGGACAAUAUUAGAAAGAUUUCUGGAGCUCACAUUGAAAUUAUUGAAUCAAAAUCAUCUCGUCAUGACCAUGUUGCUCACAUAUCUGGCACCUCUGAGCAGAGGCAAUCAGCUGAGAAUUUGAUCAAAGCUUUCAUAAUGUCUACUUAAGAGUCCUGCAGUUGGAGAAGGCAUAACUCAUCUCUUCAAUCUAUCUCUUUUGACUUCUCUUGCCAUCCGUAAUUUCCCUUGGUUGGUGAAGAACAUCAAAUACAGUGUUUCCUCUCAUCUGUCCAAGUUCCUAAUGAAUAUCAUACUUAUCUGUCGGGGGUGUUCUCCAGUAGUGGACAAAGCACUCUUUGUUCCUUAGAUUGUCAACCAUUACCUAUUUGUGUUGGCUUGUUUGGCAUAAUUCGCAUGUCUUACUCUUCAUUAAUCUCAUUGACUUGUUCACUUGCUGCUUAGCAUAUCUCUUGCAAUUUGUCCUACCAAUACUGAUAGUUGAUCCUUCCACAAUUAAUAUAGUAGAUGGGCAUAUUCCCCAGUCUUGAUGUCUGAUACACUUGCUGCUUAGUGUAGCUCUUAUAAUUGCCCUGUCAUACUGCUAACUGAUUCCUUCCGUUAUUAGUACUAAGGACCCUCUUUGGAAUGUGAGAAUGAACUGUUUUGUGUAAAGUUUGUCCAAAAUUCCUUGAAAUACCCGUGUUCCAAACAUCCUCUGAGGCAGGCUAGUUCCCAGUGAAUCUCAUUGGCCGAUUCACUUGCUGCUUAGUCUAGUUUUUGUAGUUCUGCCUGUCAAUUCAGCUUAUGACCUUGUUUUGUUGAUAUCAUAGAGGGGGCUUGUUCCCGGUGGAUCUGACUGGUUCACCCAUUGCUUGCUUCAGCUGUUAUAUUUUCGUCGUUUCAAUACUUGACCUGAUUCUUUCAUCAUUGGUUCUAAAGAGUGGCUCUUUUUUCUAUUGUUAAUUCUGCUGAGCAGUCAUAUAUUUAGGAAUUUAGUCAGAAAGCUCGCACCCCUAUGGUAGAUUAUUCAGAAGCGACCGUGUACAUAAUCUCAACAAAGUUCUUGGAUCACAACAUGCAGAUCAAUUUUUUGGGCGUUCUGCAUAGUGUUUGUGAACCAUCUGUCCAUCUUUGAACUAUGCUAACAUUUCAACUUUCUGAAAAACUGUCUUCCGAACCCCCCCCCCCCUAUCUAACUAAAAUUCACUUCAUCCUUCACCUUUGCAACCUCCCUUUUAUCUACAAACUUACAAUGACCCUAGAACUCAGUAUAUUUCUAAUUUCUAUAGUUACUGCUCCUUUUUGGGCAAUUAUUUGGUUCGUCUCUCCAUCCAUUGUCUCACCUAUUGCAGUUACUCAUACAUGAUUUGUGAUGGUAAUUAUGGCACCAUCAAGUGUAAAUAGUUGCUAUGUGUCAAUCACUGAUGUGGUACCUCUGAGCGGUCUUCUGUAAAUAAUGAGCCAAAUGCUGAAAUUUUGUAGCAAUUAGCAUGUGAUGCUAUUUUUUUCUUUUUCAUUCCUUCAAUGUAAAUAUUGGUCAGUCUGGACUCUGAGUCUGCUCAGAUGCUUUUUAGUUAUUUUUUUCUUCUGAAAAUUCAACUAUUCAGAAUCGAUUGAUGCUUUUUUGUCUCUGGUUAUUA